GCAUGCCGAGGCCUGCGUUCACCAAACUGACGAGUGUUGUAUUGAUUAAUAUGGCGGCCGUCGUGUACAAAGUCAUUUUAAUCACCGGCUUUUUAUCGCUCUUUCACUCAGCCUUCUCUGCCGCUCAACAUCGGACGUACCUCCGUCUGACAGAGCAGGAGUUUGACUCACUUCCCCUAGAUAUCCUCUCGCAGGGUAUCCUCAGCCUCUUUGUGACUAUGUAUGGCCUGCUCCAUGUUGUUGGAGAAUUUAAAGAGAUCCGAGCCACCGUCGAACUGGAGGAGAAAACGUGGGACUUAGUGGGAAACAACCCGUCGUUCUAUUCAUUUAAUCACCGCGGUAAAACGCUGCAGCCAAAUUAUCAAAACGAGAAGCCUCCGAGCAGAUCGCCGCUCGACCUGAACAGUCCCAACUAAUACAUACAAAAAAGCAAGCAGCACGCAUUGUUGCCACUCUUUGAAUUUUUAUAACGAACUGUGGUGCCCUUAUGGCCUUCCUUGUGAAAGACGUGUGUGCGUGUGCUAUUCUGUCGCUGAUUUUUUUUUUAUGAUGUGUCUGAGGUUGAAAAUCCGCGAGUUGAAAUCAUUAUGUUCAUAAUUUUUUUUUCUGAAUGCAGUUCAUUUGUUUGCUUGAGUUAUGGAGAACCUGCGACCGGUCAAUAAAACCAACAGACUUGUAAUAUUA